CGAGUACCAUUGCAUACAUCUGCUGAAUUAUUUUUUCCAGGAGUCCGAUUGGUUCAAAGUAGUUGGGAGUAUUAUGUUCUGUACAGUACGAUAACAGGAAGGUUGACUUUUCACUUAUUUAUCCGCUUCCCUAUCGGAACCGAGUACACGGUUUCUGCCAUGUCUAGCCAGGUGGACGGUCAUGGAGACUGUGUGGAUGCCAAGGCCAUAGCAGGACAGGGUGUCCCCAGCAAACCUAUUGCCCCCAAGCAGGGGACCAGUGAGGUUGACUCUUGGCCUCAUGUGGACAUGACAUACAGGUACAGGAUGGACUACCCCAGCCUGGGACAGUGCAUAAUCAUCAACAACAAGAAUUUUGACAGAAGCACAGGAAUGAACGUCCGAAAUGGAACAGACGUGGAUGCAGGCAACGCUAUGAAAGUGUUCUCCAGCCUGGGUUACAAGGUCAAAGUGUUCACCGACCAGACAGUCCAACAGAUCCGGGAGCUUCUCUAUAAUGUUUCCAAGGAGGACCACAGCCAGUCAGCCUCCCUGGUGUGUGUGCUGCUCAGCCACGGUGACGAGGGUGUGUUUUACGGGACGGACAAACAUGUGGAGCUGAAGGUUCUGACCGGAAUGUUCAGAGGAGACCGCUGCAGGACCCUGGCUGGCAAGCCCAAACUGUUUUUCAUCCAGGCUUGUCGCGGUUCAGAACUGGAUGGGGGGAUUGAGACUGACGCCGUGAGUGACGAUUCUCCUGAGAAGAUACCUGUGGAGGCCGACUUCCUGUAUGCCUACUCCACAGCCCCAGGCUACUACUCAUGGAGGAACACCAGUAAUGGUUCCUGGUUCAUGCAGUCUCUGUGUGAGAUGCUUCAGCGCCACGGACACGUGCUGGAGAUCAUGCAGAUCAUGACCAGAGUCAACCAUAAGGUGGCGCUGGACUUCCAGUCUGCUUCCUCCACCCCAGGCUUCAGUGCCAAGAAGCAGAUUCCUUGCAUUGUGUCUAUGCUGACCAAGGACCUGUACUUUCCUCAGUGACCAUCAGGCCUGGACAGCCAGUCUUCAGGAGAGCUGAAGUAGCUGGCUUAUUGGGUUAGGGGUAAAUUGUUCAAAGGUGACUGGUUUUUAUUGAGAUUUUGUAUCUGCAUGUCGGUGGAUUACUCUGGACCAAAUGUAAUUGUUUAAACUAUAGGCAGAGUUCCAAUUUUCUCAGGAUUAAAAAGGACCUGCUUAACAUGGGAAUGCAGUCUUUAAAUGGAUAUUAAGAAGGGAUUUAAAAUGACUGAUCUGGCAAGGUAUGUUACCUCAUGAGCAGAAUGAAAAGAUCUCUCAGGUUUUAAACAAUUAUAUGAGUGCCAAAUAUGUCUAUUUUCAAAUGUCUAUAUAAGCGACAUGUUUAUGUGGCACAUUUAGAUUUAUAUUCAUAACAAUAAAAUAUAUUAGGUUUAUAUAUAAUAUAAAUUAACAUUUCAGCCAGUACAGCCAAUCAAAAUGCCAUUGUCUAUUUAUUUCACAAGCCCAUCCUCGGGUCAUGGCUAGAUAAGAUUAGUGACUACACGCCCAUCCCUAGCCAUAGGCAACUGCCAUCCUUCUGUACUUUUUUGUCUCUUCCUUGCUAGGCAACUAUUCUGCCCCUGUUCCUCCUCUUAUUUCACCACCUCCUCUCUCUCCCUUUCUCUCUCACUCUCCCUUAUUCUAGUCUGGAAAGGACUACAAAGUUUGUUUUUAGAUGCAUCAUAAUAAUGCAUUUACAAAUGCAUUAUUUUAAAUAAAGGCGUGAACACCAGCCAUACAUUG